ACAGGCCCCGCCCUCGGGGGUGGAGCCUCUCCGCCCGGACUCCUCCCCCUCCCGCUCUCCUCCCUCUUCCCGGCUCCAGCUCCGCCGCCAGCUCCGGCCUUUGCUCCCCCUCCCAGAGUCCCCUCCCCGGAGCGGAGCGCACCUAGGGUCCCUCUUCCGUCCCCCCAGCCCAGCCACCCGUUCAGACCAGCAGCCUCGGGGGGCACCCCCCCGCCAGCCUGCCUCCCUCCCACUCAGCCCUGCCAGGGCCCCCCAGCCAUGAAUCUCUUCCGAUUCCUGGGAGACCUCUCCCACCUCCUCGCCAUCAUCUUGCUACUGCUCAAAAUCUGGAAGUCCCGCUCGUGCGCCGGAAUUUCAGGGAAGAGCCAGGUCCUGUUUGCUGUGGUGUUCACUGCCCGAUAUCUGGACCUCUUCACCAACUACAUCUCACUCUACAACACAUGUAUGAAGGUGGUCUACAUAGCCUGCUCCUUCACCACGGUCUGGUUGAUUUAUAGCAAGUUCAAAGCCACUUACGAUGGGAACCAUGACACGUUCAGAGUGGAGUUCCUGGUCAUUCCCACGGCCAUUCUGGCGUUCCUGGUGAAUCAUGACUUCACCCCUCUGGAGAUCCUCUGGACCUUCUCCAUCUACCUGGAGUCGGUGGCCAUCUUGCCGCAGCUGUUCAUGGUGAGCAAGACCGGCGAGGCGGAGACCAUCACCAGCCACUAUUUGUUUGCGCUGGGCGUUUACCGCACGCUCUAUCUCUUCAACUGGAUCUGGCGCUACCAUUUCGAGGGCUUCUUCGACCUCAUCGCCAUCGUGGCAGGCCUGGUCCAGACAGUCCUCUACUGCGAUUUCUUCUACCUCUAUAUCACCAAAGUCCUAAAGGGGAAGAAGUUGAGUUUGCCGGCAUAGCCCCGGUCCUCUCCAUCUCUCUCCUCGGCAGCGGCGGGAGGCAGAGGAAGGCGGCAGAAGAUGAAGAGCUUUCCCACCCAGGGGUGACUUUUUUAAGAAACCACCUCUCGUGCUCCCCAUCCUGCCUCCUGCCGGGUUUCAGGGGGACAGUGGAGGAUCCAGGUCUUGGGGAGCUCAGGACUUGGGCUGUUUGUAGUUUUUUGCCUUUUAGAGAAGAAAAAAAAAAUCUUUCCACUCUUUAGUUUUUGAUUCUGAUGACUCGUUUUUCUUCUACUCUGUGGCCCCAAUUUUUAUAAAGUGUUUUUGAGUGUCCUAUGGGCCGGGGCAGGGUCCGAGAUCUUUUCCCUUCCCCAGGCCCCUCGGCUCCCUCCCAGAUCCCACCCCCAGCCCCACUGGUUGCCAAACACUAAAUCUGCCGACACCCAUCUGCCCCACCUCCUGCCAUGGCCAUGAACUGCAACCCCCACUAAAUUUCUAGACUGGGGAUAGGGAGAAAGGGAGGCCCAGGAAGGUCUCCCCUGAUUUUUUUUCAUAGUAAUUUUUUCCCCCAGAGUUUGAAUUUUUUGGUCUUCUCCUGGUUUUUUGGCAAAUUAGGGGGGCCCGGGGCUCACGUGCGGGAAGGGGGCUGGCCCGAGGGUCCCAUGGCUCUCACACCAUGUUUUUGUACAGAACUGAUGGUUGAUUCUUUGUUCUCUUGAAAUAAACAGAAGAAAAUGAAA